AUGAGUACAGCCCAAUGUUUCGUGUGCAGCGCGCCUGCUACUGCCAUCUUCUGGUGUCAGCCUCACUGCAGGCAUCAUGGUCGUAUGACCAGGUACUACGUCUGUCGGGCAUGCAUGCUUGGCAGAUUGUGCCAAUUUUGUCACGAACCCGGCAUCAUCACAGCUGACUCAGAUGGCUCUGAUGAGACCGGAGACUCAGACGCUGAUUGUGCUUACAGUGCGGUGCGAACCACAAGUGGGGACAGCUCCCUCGGAGAGGAUGAUGAAGCAUUCUGCGCAAGCACCAGUGACUCGGCAAGCCAAUCGAUCAGCGACACGGAAGGAAACUCCGAUGCGCGAGAUGCCGGCAAAGCUGAAACUUUGGAAGAUGGUAAUGGCAACGACGAGGACGACGAGGACGACGAGGACGACGACAUUUGA